AGAGCUCGGACAUCCCUGCUCUCAGAAAGACGGAGCAAGAGCUUCGUGCCGUUGAAAGGCGAGCUAACGGCGUCGUGGGAUAGGAUAAACAGACUCCUAAUGUUAAAGGACCUGGGGGAAAGAUAAUUUGUUUAAAGAAAGAAAAUCAAAAGUUUUGUAUACACUCGUGUAUACAGUACCAACUGCAAGUCCAUCUUGAGCAAGCGGGCGCUAGGAGCUGAAGCGAAUAGCGUCAUGUCGCACAGAAGAAGCCGAAGUGGAAGUCCGCCAUCUUACGGCACCAACAGCAAUGACCCUCGUGACCUGGAGAGAAGGAUUUUUGUCGGCAAUUUGCCCACCGCGCAUAUGGCAAAGAAGGAUAUGGAGGACCUGUUCAGGCCAUAUGGCAAAAUACAGGCCUUGUCCCUGUUUCGUGGAUAUGGAUUUGUGCAGUUUGAACGGGUGGAAGAUGCUGAGGCAGCUAUAGCGGGACAUAACGGUCGAAUUUAUAGAGGUUAUAAACUAGAUGUAAAUAUGGCAGCGGAGAGACGACAGAAAGCCAGGUCAAGUCCUCCACGCAGGCCAGCUGGUUAUGGGGACAGCAGGGAGCCCCGUCCCCGCUCUCGAUCGCCAGUGCAUGGCCGAGAAUCCCGCGACCACCGUGACAGCAGAGACGUGAGGGAGCAUAGCCGAGGGCCGCGGCCUGGGCCUCCUCGAGAUCAUGAAGAUGAGAGGAGCUAUAGGAGCUCAGAGGGGAGGGACAAAGACCCAAGAGAUGCUCCUUAUAGAGAUGACGGUUAUGAUCGUGGAUAUUACCGUGGUGAGUAUGAUGCUUACCGUAAGAAAGAAGAGCCAUAUGUGGACCGCUACAGGGAGCCUUGGAAUGGAAGGAGAGAAUCGGAAGAGGAGCGGCUGCGGCCUGAGGAGCGCCGGAGGAAUGAGCUCUACCGCCAGUACUAUGAGGAGCUGCAGAGACGUUACGAUGCUGAGAGACCUGUGGACUGCUCUGUUAUUGUGGUCAACAAACAGCAGAAAGAGUAUGCAGAAACAGUGGGUCGGAAGGUACGAGAUCUGGGCAUGGUGGUGGACCUCAUCUUCCUCAACACCGAGGUGUCCUUGACCCAGGCUCUGGAAGACGUGAGCCGGGCUCGAACGCCUUUCGCCAUAAUUAUUACCCAGCAGCACCAAGUGCAUCGCUCUUGCACAGUGAACAUCCUCUUUGGCACGCCACAGGAACACAGGAACAUGCCCAUGCAGGAUGCCAUGGUCCUGGUGGCUCACAACUUUGACUCCUUUAAGGUUGAGAACCGUGCCAAGGAGCGGGACGAGAUUGCCAGAAAAGCUGCCAAGAUGGCAGACGAUGUGUUGAUGAGGGAGCAUGAGAGAGAAGGCCAUCCGGUUUCAUUACUGACUGCUGUUACCCUGCUGUCAGAGGGCAGGUUCUUAACUCCCGAUGAGUUAUCAAGGCUCAUUAGCUACCUUCAAGACAAACGUGAUCGUCUGGUGCGAGGCAGCACAGACCCUCUUGGACCCCAUUCAUCUGCUAUAUCAGCCACUCAUGAGCCCUCUCAGCCCACCCAAGCUCUCACCCCUGCCUCCCACCAGACACACCCUUCCCUGUCCACACAUCCUGUACACUCUUCCCACCUGGCGCCUGCCUCCACAUCCGCUACCAGCCAGCAGCAAGAACUACAGGCAAAGAUCCUCAGUCUCUUCAACAGUGGUUCAGGCACGUCGGUGACCUCCAGCCCAGCUUCAGCCCCCCAGUCCCAGGGCUACACCUCCAGUCUGGGUCAGCAGAGUGCCGGACUGCCCUCGGCACUCUCCAGUCCGGCCAUGUCCACGCUGGCUGCUACGCAGUCUCAGAGCAUGCUGAGCCCCCGGCCUGCCGUGAGGCCUCCCGUUGGCCGCAUGCCAGCACCACAGGGUCUCCAGAGACCUGUGGGCAGUGCAGGGACGGGCAUUAACUUUGACAACCCCAGUGUGCAGAAAGCCCUCGACACACUCAUCCAGAGUGGGCCAGCCCUUAACCACCUGGUAAAUUCAGGCAGUGCAACAGCAGCAGCACCCAGACCAGGACAAGGGCUCGGUCAAGGAAUGGGCCAAGGUAUGAGCCAGAGUCUGGGGCAAGGAGUGGGUCAAAGUAUGGGCCAGGUACCACCACCAGUGUCUCACUACCCCCGCCAUUAUUGAAAAACAUCCACAUACCACCCAAGUGUAGCUCUGUGAUCUUUGAUUCUCCUUAGAGGUUUAGUUCUUGCAGAGUUUUUCCCCUGUUGAUUUUUUCUAUUUCUUACUUGGAAAUGUGAUAAAAAAAUUUUGAUAUAGGAAUAAUUUGUGACUUAUAAAGUCCUUUUUGUUUUACCAAAUAGGAAACAUGAUAGCUAUGAGUCUUUCAUGAAGCAUGAUUGUCUGAGCGUUUGAUCCAGUUG